AUGUUUCAUCGCGAGGAGAGAGUGCAUCUCUCGGACAAAGGCUCGCCCACGCAGAGCGCGGCCGUCUUCCAAUUGAGCUCAAGCGUUUUGUUCAGUAUCGCACAGGCAGAGUUCGCGUCCCAGCCGCCACCGCCGCCGCCUGGCCAGCCUACGACUUUUACCAUUGAGACUUUGGUGCCGGCAAGGUCACGUCGGGAUGACGGCUAUGAAGGCUUGCGAGAUCUGCACGAUCAGGCGUUCGUCAACGCCUUUGACGACGACGGUCUUGCGCAAGAGACGCCAACCCUAACUCACUCAACGACCACGCCGUCGGUGGCCUCAAGCACAUCGCGAGCCGCCGCGGACAUCUGGCGCAAGCCCCAGUUCAACACGGCCUCCGCGCAGGAGCUCCUCGAGAGAUUCGCCAGCAUUUCGCAGAAUCUUCCCUUUGUCAGGCUCUCCCGCGAUUGCACGAUCCCGCAGCUGGCAGCGACGCAGCCGUUCGUUCUACUCGCCAUAUUGACGGUCACGUCCGGCUCGGGAUCGGUUCACAAGCACUCGCUGUACGACGACGAGUUUCUCAAGAUCCUCGGGCUGAAAUACGUGUCCGGGAGAGAUGGGAGCCUAGAGUUACUGCGCGGCCUCCUCAUUUACUGUGCAUGGUAUGGUUGCAGAGACACGAAAAGUGCCCAAGUUCAAGCUGACAACCGCGAUGGCAGGUAUCCGUUCCACCUCAAGCCGAAGAACUCUCAAUUGGCUCGAUGUAUGCGCAUGGGUUCGGAUAUCGUGCAUGAUUUGAACUUGGACGAGAAUUGCCUCGCUUUUGAACCUUGGGAGCAAGGAGUACGUGCGGAUGACCUGGACAAGAUUCGGACAUACCUUGCCUAUGUCUACCUUGUAUCCACGUAUAUUGUUGUCUGGAAAGGUGACCGAUUCGUGAGCACUCGGCAGCCUCCGUGGACAACUACCGCCAUCGACAUCUUGGAGAAAUAUGGUGAGGAUGAUGACGAUCGCAGACUGGCCAUCUUGGCGCGCUUAUCGACCCUAUUCUCAGAAGCUUCCAGUGCCGUCAACGGCAGAGAUGGCAUGGAAGUACGAGAUAGCCAGCUCAUUCUGGUCGGCCUCUCACAACAGUACCAGCAGGUUCGAGAUAGUCUCUCGUUCCGGUUUCCGGGCAUUUUGAACGAAGCGGUAAUUCGUAUGCACACAAUGUACCUUGAAAUAUAUCUCGAGACUGGCAGCCUUCUUUCCUUCCCCGUUGCAAAGACGGCGCUGUCAGCUCGGAGAGCGCGCUUCGCGCCUCCAAUAGCGCGAAUGAACAGUGCAGUCAAGAAGCUCGAGGCUUUCCUGGACGUCGUCGCGGAGCUCGAGGACGCCGCCAUGCUCGCGUUCACCGUAAACGACUGGACGCAUCUCAUCAUCGUCCUGACGCUCGCCUUCCGCCUCUCCUUCCCCGUCGCGCUCUCGCCGGACUUUGACUGGCUCUCCGCGCGGCGCGCGAUGCGCCUCGACCAGUUCCUGUCCAAGGUCUCGCGCGGCGGACCAGCCGAGGGCGCCAGUGGCAUCCUGGCAGCGAACCGCGUCGUCCUGGGCGUCCUCCAAUCAAAGUAUAACCAGCGUCUGGGUACCCUUGCAGAUGAGGCUGCGGCGGCGGCGCGCUGGGGCAGGAGCGCGGGAUGCCCCGUGAUGGGCGGCAGCGGUGGCGUGGCGAUUGCGCAGUGGGAUGUAGGCCUGGGCGAGACGCCGGCGCUGUCGACGGAUCCUGACAUGCCGGAUAUGCUUCCGAUGCUGCACGACAUGUGGUCAACGGGGGGGGUGGGAUGGCAGGACUUGGACAAGAUUCCGUGGGACGCGUUUGGUGAUGAGCAGUUGGGUGGGGGCGUUGACGGUUGGCCGAUGUAA